GCUCUGGGUUGCUGCGUUGUUGAUCACCCGGACCGCGUCUUUCUCUGCCUGCGACUUCUGGGGAGCGGAUCGCAGUUUGAGGAUCGCGGCCAGGAUGGCGCUGCGCUCUCUGUCGCUCCUGGUGUUGGUGGGGGUCGCUCUGCGGGAGAGCUGCCUCGGCGCCUCCUCACACUCCCUGAAGUAUUUCUACUCCUCCAUCUCGGAGCCCAGUCAGGGGCUGCCCCAUUUUGUCACUGUGGGAUACGUGGACGGUCAGGUCUUCACUUCCUACAACAGCAACAGCCGUAGGGAGCAGCCUCGAGUCUCCUGGAUGGAGAAGGUGGAGAAGGAAGACCCCCAUUACUGGGACAGAGAGACCCAGGCAUCACAUAGUGCUGAGGAGGCGUUCAGAGAAAACCUGGAGAUUGCGAGGACUCGCUACAAUCAGAGCGAAGGCCUUCACACGUGGCAGUUGAUGUACGGCUGUGAGCUCCAGGCUGAUGGGAGAAAAGGAGGAUUUUGGCAGUAUGGCUACGAUGGGAGGACCUUCCUCACCUUCGACAAGGAGAGACUCACCUGGGUGGCUCCCCAACCCCAGGCCCAGAUCACCCAGAGGAAAUGGGACGCUAUUCCAGGAUUGAAUCAGAGAGAUAAGUCCUAUCUGGAGGAAAUCUGCAUUGAGUGGCUGGAGAAGUACCUGUCCUACGGGAAGGAGACGCUGCUGAGGACAGAACCAAAAUCCAAUGUGGGGAUCAUCAUCGGCUGCGUUGUGGCUGGCCUUGUCCUGCUGGGUGUGAUUGUUGGGAUCUGGUUUUUCAAAAAGUUUUGCCAUGUGGUUUGUGCUUCAGCAUGUGCAUCAGCUGCAGCACACUAUGAGUUUAAUGUUGAGUUUAAUGUUGAGAGAAGUUUUUAA